ACGAGUCCCUCACCGUGUUGUUGUCGUGUCGUGUCGAGCGCGCGCUCGCUCUAUUUAUAUCGUGUCAGUAUAGCCGCGGAGUCUCGACGAUCGCACCGCUCGAGUUCGCGAUCUCGUGUCUCUAAACUCUCCGAAAACGUCCCCGUUCCAGCGGUUCUGCGGUUGCAGGCGUUCCGUGCGAUGGAAGUGGUGUCGGACGUACCAGGAGGUCCUGGGGCCGAGGUCCUCACUAGAGACGCGAUGGUGCAGAUGUUCAAAGAGUUCCGGACCGAGAUGAUCUCCCUGCUCAACACCGACGUUGAGCUAGUCCGGACACAGCUGACCUCUCUGAGGGCCGACCACGACACUCUGCUGCAGACAGUCGGUGACCUCAAGACCAAGGUCCAUGACCUGCGCCAUCCCUCAAUUCUACCUACGACCCCUGAAGAGAGCUCUGUCGUGAGUAAGAGUAGGGGUAACUUCUCACCCACAAAAGCUUCGAAGAGUUCCUCCACUAGAUACGUUGUAAAGACAGACCGAUGCGGGGACUUAGUUAUUCAUGUCCAGGGUGAUGUCUCACAACAAGACAAGAGAGCUGUGUUCCUAACUGUCCACGACCUGGGAUGUAACCAUUACUCGUUUGAAGACUUCAUCAACAAGCCAUGCAUGAGUGACAUCAAGGAGAGGUCUAUAUUCAUACAUGUGGAUGUUCCUGGGCAUGAGGACAAUGCUGAUCCUCUGCCUGAAUCGUACCAGUUCCCGAGCUUGCAGACGCUCGGUGAAGACUUGGUGACGAUAUUAGACUUCAUCAAAGUGAAGUACGUGAUAGGCCUGGGGGAGGGAGCUGGAGCCAAUGUACUGGCUAGGUUUGGCCUGGCCCACCCCGCCCGUACCCUGGGACUCAUCCUAAUCAACUGUACAGGCUCAGCCACCACUGUCAAAGACAACUUCAAGGCCAAGUUUGUUAACUGGAAAGGGAAAGGUUCAGUGUCCCAGUCAGCAGAGGACUAUCUUGUAUUCCACAAGUUUGGUCAUCAAUUGAUGAAUGAAACCAACACAGAUAAAGAUAAGGUGAUUUCUGACUUCCUUCACAAGCUGAGGGGCACCAUCAACGCCAGCAAUGUUCGCCUUUAUGUAAAUGCAUUCCUCAAUCGAAAAGAUUUGCCUCUGAAGCAGUAUAAAUCAGACAUCUUGCUGAUAACCGGAGUACUCAGCUCCUAUGCGAACGUGGUGGAGAAACUGUUCCAAGACCUAGAUAAGAACAAAGCCACCCUUCUGAGGAUUGAGAGGGCUGGGGAUGUUCUGAAUGAAUCUCCAGCCAAGGUGGCCCACAGUAUCCUGUUGUUCGCCAAGGGUCAGGGUCUGCUGACCUCAGUCACUCUGCCUGGUGUGGAGAGACAGAGGACAUUCUCCGGAGGUUCCAUCGACCUGGAGCGACCUCGGCGCUUCUCACGAGGGCUCAGCAUGGAAGAGUACGACAAACCUAACCUACGCAGGCUCUCCAUCACUGUGGGUGAUGUACCCGUCCAGACAUCCAAAUAACUGGCUGCCGACAGCUCUCAUAGCGCAGCAACGGCUCCGAGACCGGCCAGUAAUGGAAUUACUGGUAAUCCUCGUUCUCGCUAGGUAGCAGUUUGUAAUAAAGACACAGCUGUAUAUUAAAUGUCUAUAAGCCGACUAGCAUUUAUACCACCCCACAUUAAUCAGAGACCUUACAGUAACUGCCAUCUUGAUCCUACGCGCACGUUUUGCUUUGCUAAACUCCAAAAUGUGUACGGUACCGAGUAGACUUAAUCUAUACGUUGUUAGAUUAGCUUGUGGAUUAAAAGUAACUAUUUUUAGAUGAACAGUCAUGUACCUGUAGAGUUAGUCUAUUUACUACUGAGGAUUUUUGUGAUGUAGAAGCGAUGAAGCUGAAAUUUCUUUUGAUAGGACACCGAAAUAAUGACGGUGUUAGAUUAUUUAUAUUCAGUGUUGUAAGCUUAGGUAGAAGUAUGUAGGAAGUGAUCUGAUGUGAAUAUCAAAAUCUGAUGUGUUGUUAUCUUGACUUUAAUAGACAAAUAGGAAUAUACAAAGUGGUUUUAAUUUGGAAAUAUUAAAAUUAUUGAAAACUAAAAGGCUACUUUCACUCAAUUCAUUACGUAUCUUAAUCAUUUGAUCACUGGGUUUAACAAAUAAUGAAUAUCUAUCAAAAAUGUUAAAACCAGCCAUGAUGAUAAGUUAGAAUGAGAUAGUAGCCACCUUUAAUCACAUAAAAUAUGUAUUGUUACGUUUAUGACUAUAUUAUACAUAUUAUUUAUGAUGCCAAUAGUAAAUAACCAUACAUUUUUUAUUGUUAUUAUAAGAACUUCAAAAAUUAUUCUUUAGAUUAUUCACAUAGUACUCAAACUCAUGCUUUUGUAGCCUAUAAUGUUCCAGCACCUUGGUUCUUUUGUUGAUUAGAUUGACUUAACUAUGUUAAUACGUACAGUACAUAUUACAGCACUUUAGUUAUAGAACUGUUAUAAUCCACUUUUCAAUAAUAAAAGAUAUUGUAAUUAGAUGUAAUGUGUACAUGCCAAAAAUUGAUAAAUUCGGGCCAAUUAUUUUUUAUAUAGGUAAGGAAAAGGGACAUAAUAACUAACUGUGCAUCAUUUUCGUUCUAUAUUAUUCUUUUCUUUCCAUGUUUAUAUUUAAGCUAAUCCCUGUGUUGCUUGAUUAUUUAAAUUAUUUAAGACGUUAUCAGUUAACAAUAAUUAUUGUAAUGCAUGCCAAAACAUUGACUUAUAUUCAAGCCAAAAUUGUCAAAAUUUCUGUCAAACGUUUCUAUAUACAUUAAACUAUUUAUGGCACAAAUGCCUUCAAGUGUGUGGCUCUAUUCACAAUUGACUACACAGCGACUAGCAGAAUGUUGAUACCUUGGGUAUGAUAUGAACUGUUAGCAAUGGGUAGUGUUAACACAAAUAGGUUACAUAAAUUUGUCACCCUUGUGAAGCCGGUUGUUGUUCAUGACAGUUGUUUGCUGUUGCCUCCAGUUUCUACCUGUUUCUGUUGUACUUGAGGCCUCACUUUGCCAUGACCAUCAUGUUAAAGCUAAGCUUUUACAAAACCUAAUAAAAACACAACGCUUUUAAUCUACUUUUGCCUUACACAGUCUCAUGUGCCUUGCAAUCUUUUUGAGUCCAAGCUUUUUCUGUAAUCUAAUGACUAUGAACUUGUAAAAUGUAUGGAAAAAACUCCAAUCUUUUUCCACAAUUAUAUUUCUAAAUACACAUACAUGGAGUGGAGGAUGGUGAAUGUGAUGGAGAACAAACGAGUUUGAGUACUGUAACAAUAUUUAUGAGAAAUAUAUGUUAUGUUGUUUAUAA